GAACUCGCGAGCCCGGAGCUCGGCUCGGGUCCGGCGGCCGGCGCGGGCCUGAAGGUCCCCGGGGCAGUCGCAGAUGUCCUCUGCGGGACAGCGGAGCCCGGCCCGCGUCCCGAGGCCCCCGAGCGCCGCGCGGAGCUGUACGGGAUCACAUCAGCCCCAAAUGUCCAGGACGGGUAGAGGGGCGGUGAUCUGUCCUAUAGCUGCUUCCUGCCGGCAUGGGGCGCCGAGGUGAUAAUGUCAGUCGGAAGUGGUACGCAGAGGCUGUGUGUGGACAGUGCUGGCAGAAGAGGCUGAAGGCACUUUGUUUCCUCAGUAUCAAGACCAGAAUAAGUAUCUACAGUCAAGGACAAAGUAAAUUAACAAACUGUGUCCUGUGGCCAUGUGAGGGGUGGAUAACGGAGCCCUCCCGGCAGUCCUCAGUGGGCCUGCGUUCCCCUCCAGCUCAACUCUUCCAGGACCACCCAAAAUCGCUUUGUCUGGGCAAUCGCUGAAGCUGACAGAGGCUCACCAGGCUGCGGCCGUCAGCUCCCAGGCGCUGCGGACGCCAUGGACCUGCAUCGAAGCCAAGAAGUCCUUCAGGAAAUCCGUCUCCCUGCACUGCAUUCCUGGAAAAAGAGGAUCAUGAGAUUCAAGAAUGGCAUCAUCACUAGCAUGUACCCAGCAGGCCCCUCCAGUUGGCUCAUCGUGGUGGUGGGUGUGAUGUCCUCAACGUACGGCAAAAUGGACCCCUCCUUGGGAAUCAUUGCCAGAAUCAGUGAGACCCUCGACAUGAUGGGCCGCAUGUCCAGCCAGACGAAGACCGUGGUCAGCGGCGUGCUCUUCGGCACGGGCCUCUGGGUGGCCCUCAUCAUCACCAUGCGCUGCUCCCUGAAGGUGCUCCUCUCCUACCACGGCUGGAUGUUCGCCGAGCACGGCAAAAUGGGUCGCGCCACCAGGAUCUGGAUGGCUAUGGUCAAGAUCCUUUCAUGCCGGAAACCCACGCUGUACAGUUUCCAGACUUGUCUGCCGCGCCUGCCUGUCCCGGCCGUGAAAGACACUGUGCACAGGUACCUGGAGUCCGUGCGGCCGCUUAUGAAGGAACAGGACUUUAAAAGGAUGACGGCGCUGGCCCAAGACUUUGCUGUCAAUCUGGGGCCAAAGCUGCAGUGGUAUCUGAAGCUCAAGUCCUGGUGGGCUACAAAUUACGUGACGGACUGGUGGGAGGAAUACGUCUACCUGCGCGGACGCGGGCCGCUGAUGGUGAACAGCAACUACUUUUCGAUGGAUCUGCUGUACCUCACACCAAGUCACAUUCAGGCAGCAAGAGCUGGCAACACCAUCCACGCCAUCCUGCUCUACAGACGUGAACUGGACCAGGAGAAGAUCAAACCAAUUCUGCUGGGAGCCACCGUCCCCCUCUGCUCCGCUCAGUGGAAGCGCAUGUUUAACACCUCCCGCAUCCCGGGAGAGGAGGCCGACACCCUGCAGCACAUCCAGGACAGCAGGCACAUCGUCGUGUACCACAGGGGGCGCUACUUCAAGGUCUGGCUGUACCACGACGGGAGGCUGCUGCGGCCCCGCGAGAUGGAGCAGCAGAUGCAGCGGAUCCUGGACGACCCCUCGGAGCCCCAGGCCGGGGAGGAGAAGCUGGCGGCCCUCACCGCAGCCGACAGAGUGCCCUGGGCCAGGUGCCGCAAGGCCUAUUUUGGACGUGGGAAGAACAAGCAGUCUCUGGAUGCCAUCGAGAGAGCGGCGUUCUUCGUGACGUUAGAUGACACCGAGCAAGGGUACAGAAAGGAAGACCCAGAGACCUCCAUGGACAGCUACGCCAAGUCUCUCCUGCACGGCAGGUGUUUCGACAGGUGGUUUGACAAGUCAUUCACAUUUAUCAUCUUCAAAAACGGCAAGAUAGGCAUCAAUGCAGAGCACUCCUGGGCAGAUGGGCCUAUUGUCAUCCACUUCUGGGAGAAAAUCGUGGCCACCGACUGCUUCCAGCUGGGCUACACGGAGGACGGACACUGCAAGGGGGACACCAACCCCGGCAUUGCGUACCCCACCAGGCUGCAGUGGGACAUCCCGGAGGAGUGUCAAGAGGUGAUAGAGACGUCCUUGAGCAGCGCGGCGCUCCUGGCACACGACGUGGACCUCCACUCCUUCCCGUUCGACAGCUUCGGCAAAGGGCUGAUCAAGAAGUGCCGGACAAGCCCGGACGCCUUCGUGCAGCUUGUGCUCCAGCUCGCUCACUACAGGGACAUGGGCAAGUUCUGCCUCACCUACGAGGCCUCCAUGACCCGGCUCUUCCGGGAGGGGAGGACGGAGACCGUGCGCUCCUGCACCACCGAGUCCUGCAACUUCGUGCUGGCCAUGGUGGACCCCACCCAGACGGUGGAACAGAGGCUCCGCCUGUUCAGGCUGGCGUCUGAGAAGCACCAGCACCUGUACCGCCUCGCCAUGACCGGCGCCGGGAUCGACCGGCACCUCUUCUGCCUCUACGUGGUGUCCAAGUACCUCGCGGUCGAGUCCCCGUUCCUGAAGGAGGUGUUGGCCGAACCAUGGAGGCUGUCAACAAGCCAGACGCCUCUGCAACACGUGGGGCUGUUUGACUUCAACAAGAACCCGGAGUACGUGUCCAGCGGAGGGGGCUUCGGACCGGUUGCAGACGACGGCUAUGGUGUGUCGUACAUUAUCGUGGGAGAGAACCUCAUCAGUUUCCAUAUUUCCUCCAAGUUCUCCAGCCCCGAGACGGAUUCUCACCGCUUUGGGAGGCACGUGAAGCAGGCAAUGAUGGACAUCAUCGCCUUGUUCGGGCUCAGGUCCAACUCCAGGAAGUAGCCGAGUCCCUGAGCGGGGAGGCAGCGCGGGCCCUGUGGUACGGCCAAGCGAAACUUAGGUCUCGACCCUGCCCCCGUCCAGGACGGCUCAGUGCUCCUAGAAAACCCCGUCUCCUCCAGAGAGGAGCUGUCGCUUGUUUCCCUAGACGGCAGGCGCCACCGCGUGGCUGCAGCCCUGCUCCCAGGCGUGCGCCCGGGCAGGGAGGCGGCAGCCUGUGGCGUCCCGGCACUGCACGCACACUGGACAUGGGGACGGCGACCACAGAGGUGACGCGAGCCCGCCACGGCAUCCAGGCAGCGGGCACUGCUUUUGUCAAAGGAAAGGGUGUUCAGGUCGCAGGGGGGAGCUCACGCUAACACACGGACGCACGAACCGGACACGCCGCGCUCUGGAGCCAGGCGGUUGUCACCAGAGCUGCUGCCUGGUCUGUUCCAGGUUGUGUCCCCCCCAGGCCGCGGCUCUAGUGCCCUUGACCUCGCUCGCUUGUCCUCCAAACGCAGUGCCUUAGAAUGAACUGCCCUGCAUGGAAGGGCCGCUGGGUGACUUCCCUGGGGAGGCCUCGGGCUGGCAUCGGGGGUGGGUCGCUCCCCUCGACUUUGAGUGUGGGUCACUCUGCGAAGCAUUUGCCACAACCUCCCCACGCCUAGAAAGAGCAGAGCCCUCCGGGCCGGCGCUGCUGGGGCCACUGGAAGGGCUUCCCGUGCUCCCCGAGCCGCAGGGGGGACAGGCAGGGAUGUGAUGGCCGCUGAGCUGUCUGGAGAAGCCACUGACGGGUCAAUACGACGGUGCUCACGGUCACUGCCUCUCCACACCAUGGUCAAGAGGACAAGAUGCGGGCCACGAGGCUGGGCCAGGGAAGGGCAGCCACACCGUGGCCAGUGGUUCACUUCCUCAUCCCACCU